UGGGGGGCGGGGGCGGACGGGGCCACACACGAUGCAGCGGCUCCGGUUGAACGAAGCUCACGCCGUGUACCUGGGGCAGUUGGCCCGGAAGGACGGGAACCGGCGGGGGGUUCUGAGUAAGCGGAGCUCCGAUAAUAAUCGCUGGCAGAGCCGCAGCUUCUCCCUCCUCCAUAACCUUCUAUUCUGCUUCGAAUCGGACUCCUCCGGCCGGCCCUGCGCCCUCUACCUACUGGAGGGAUGUACGUGUGAGCGGGGGGCCAAGGGGGGCCCCGACCGACAGUUUUGUUUUAUCAUCAACUUCAACCAUGAAAAUCAGAAGCCUUUGGAGCUUCGCACCGAGGAUUCCAAGGACUGCGAUGAGUGGAUAUCGGCGAUCUCACGAGCCAGUUACAAGACCCUGGUCACCGAGCAUGAAGCUCUCAUGCAGAAAUAUUUACAUUUACUGCAAAUUGUGGAAACCGAGAAGAAGGUGGGAAAGCAGCUGCGCCAGCAAAUCGAAGACGGAGAGGUGGAGGUGGAACGUCUUAAAUCCGAGAUUGCCUCGUUAUUGAAGGACAAUGAACGUAUCCAAUCAACACCGAGCAGCGCUCAGACCGAAGACACCGACAUUAAGAAGAUAAAGAAGGUACAGAGCUUCCUGCGCGGCUGGCUAUGCCGGCGGAAAUGGAAAAGCAUAAUCCAGGAUUACUCCAGGUCUCCCCAUGCGGACAGCAUGCGCAAGAGGAACCAGGUUGUGUUCAGCAUGCUGGAGGCGGAGUCGGAAUACGUUCAGCAGCUGCAUAUUUUGGUCAACAACUUCCUGCGACCUCUGCGAAUGGCGGCGAGCUCCAAGAAGCCACCGAUCACCCACGAUGACGUCAGCAGCAUCUUUCUGAACAGUGAGACCAUCAUGUUUCUGCACCAGAUCUUCUAUCAGGGUCUGAAGGCGCGGAUCUCCAGCUGGCCCACGCUGGUGUUGGCUGAUCUGUUUGACAUCCUCCUGCCGAUGUUAAACAUUUACCAGGAGUUUGUACGGAACCACCAGUACAGCCUGCAGAUCCUGGCCCACUGCAAGCAGAACCGCGACUUCGACAAACUACUCAAACAAUACGAAGCCAAACCGGACUGCGAGGAGCGAACCCUGGAGACCUUCCUCACCUACCCCAUGUUCCAGAUUCCUCGUUAUAUCCUGACUCUACAUGAGCUCCUCGCUCACACGCCUCACGAACACGUCGAACGUAACAGCCUAGACUAUGCCAAAUCCAAGCUGGAGGAGCUGUCAAGAAUAAUGCAUGAUGAAGUCAGCGAAACUGAAAAUAUCCGGAAGAAUCUGGCCAUUGAGAGGAUGAUUGUGGAGGGCUGUGAGAUAUUGCUGGAUACCAGUCAAACCUUCGUACGGCAAGGCUGCCUGAUCCAAGUGCCCAUGUCCGAGAAGAGUCGGGCAACAAGAGGGCGCCUGGGGUCCCUGUCACUGAAGAAGGAAGGAGAGCGCCAGUGCUUCUUGUUCUCCAAACACCUGCUGAUCUGCACACGGAGCUCUGGAGGGAAACUGCACCUCACCAAGAAUGGGGUGGUAUCCUUGAUGGACUGCACUUUACUGGAAGACCAAGAGGAUGACGACAAUCGACAAGAAGCAGAUCACUUGGACUUCAAGAUCUCGGUGGAACCCAAAGACUCGGCUGCCUUUGUUGUCAUUCUGAUGGCGUCUUCCCGGCAGGAGAAAGCAGCUUGGACCAGUGACAUCAGCCAGUGUGUGGACAAUAUCCGCUGUAACGGGCUGAUGAUGAACGCCUUCGAAGAAAACUCCAAAGUCACUGUACCCCAGAUGAUCAAGUCAGACAGCAGUUUAUACUGCGAUGACAUAGACAUUCGGUUCAGUAAGACGAUGAACUCCUGCAAGGUCCUUCAGAUACGCUACGCAAGUGUUGAACGCUUACUGGAACGUCUCACCGAUCUGCGCUUUUUGAGUAUCGACUUCCUCAACACGUUCCUUCACUCCUACCGGGUCUUCACCUGCGCGGAUAUUGUGCUGGACAAGCUUAUCGCUAUCUACAGGAAGCCAGUCAGCGCCAUUCCUGCCAGGUCUUUGGAGCUCCUAUUUGCAAGUAAUCAAAAUAAUAAACUUCUGUACGGCGAGCCCCCUAAAUCUCCCAGAGCGACACGCAAGUUCUCCUCCCCGCCGCCCCUUUCCAUCACCAAGUCCUCAUCGCCCAGCCGUAGACGCAAACUUUCCCUCAACAUUCCCAUCAUUACCGGUGGAAAAGCGCUGGACCUCGCCGCUCUGGGAUGUUCUCCAAACGGAAACCCAAGUGCCUGCCCUGCCCCUCCUCCAUACAGCAAAACCACUUUGGACAUCAAUAAACUUUAUGUGUCGGGAAGUUUCCCGAGCAAAGUAGGAGAGGGGGAGGAGCCGCCUGCAGAGAAGGACGAGGAACCGGUAACACCGAGGCAAAGCAAAGACUCGGAGAGUUCCUGCCGAGCGGAGUCAGACACCGAGCAGACUCAAAGUGAUGAAGCUGAAACUGACACUUCUCCGACUCGCUCGCCAACUACGCCAAUCGCUCGGGGUGGGCGAAACUCGGCUGAUUUUACACUCUUCUCCUAUAACAACGGCAUUGUGAUGACAUCCUGCCGAGAGCACGACAGCAGCCGCAGCAACUUAUCAGCAGCCUCGGCCUUUGCCAUAGCAACAGCCGGAGCCAACGAGGGCACUCCCACCAAGGAGACCUACAGACGGAUGUCUUUAGCAACAGCAGGGAACAUCUCAGACCGGAUCCUCGGUAUCGGCGCGCCCACACCUUCAAAUUCCCAUAACAGAUCUUCGCUCAGAGAGGGAGGCUUCCCAUCGGAUCAGAGGAACGGAGACAAGGAAUUCGUCAUCAGAAGAGCCGCCACAAACCGCGUCCUGAAUGUCCUGAGACACUGGGUGUCCAAACACGCGCAGGAUUUUGAGACAAAUCUCCAGCUAAAGAGUAAAGUGAUCGGUUUCCUGGAGGAAGUCAUCCACAACCCGGAGCUGCUGGCACAGGAGAGGAAGGCCGCAGCCAACAUUAUCCGCACAUUGACCCAGGAGGACCCCGGGGACAGCCAGGUCACCCUGGAAGAGAUUGAGCAUAUGGUUUUGGGGACUCCGGUGGAUCCCUUUGACUCCCUCUCGGCUCUGGAAAGUGCAGAACAGCUGACGUUAUUGGACCAUCUGAUCUUCAAGCAGAUUCCCUAUGAGGAGUUUUUCGGUCAGGGGUGGAUGAAAACUGACAAAAAUGAGAGAACUCCGUAUAUAAUGAGCACAAGCAAACACUUCAACCAUAUGAGUAACCUGAUCGCCACGGAGAUCCUGCGGAAUGAAGAUCCGGCGGUGCGGGCGUGUACCAUCGAGAAGUGGGUGGCAGUGGCUGAUAUUUGUCGCUGUCUACACAAUUAUAACGCCGUUCUGGAGAUUACAUCAUCACUGAAUCGCAGCGCAAUAUUUCGCCUCAAGAGGACUUGGAUUAAAGUUUCCAAACAGACGAAGGCCUUAAUUGACCGGCUACAGAAGUUGGUGUCUUCAGAGGGGAGAUUUAAAAACCUGAGAGAGGCCCUGAAGAACUGUGACCCUCCCUGUGUUCCUUAUCUGGGCAUGUACCUGACCGACCUGGCAUGCAUAGAAGAAGGUACCCCCAACUACACAGAGGAUGGACUGGUCAACUUUUCAAAGAUGAGAAUGAUUUCACAUAUAAUUCGAGAGAUUCGACAGUUUCAGCAGACCGCCUACAAGAUAGAGCACCAGCCCAAGGUCACACAGUAUCUCUUGGACUCUUCAGGAGUGCUGGAUGAAGAGGGUCUUUAUGAAGCUUCUCUCCGCUUGGAACCCAAACUUCCUACCUGAAUUUUUGUUGCACUCUCCCUGCCUGUAUCAUAUUGUACAGACCCCCCAAGCCUCUGGCCGGACCCCAUCAUGCAGGGGUCCCUGUGUAGGGGCAGAGAUGUCUGUGUCUCCAUUCAUCCCAAACACCCAACUGCUCCUAAGGGAAGGCCCUACACUUGCCCCUACACCCAGUCCCCCCCCCCCAUCCCCUCCCCUCAAAAAAAGCACCCCCUAGAAAAGAGUGACCAGGGUGGAGACUGAGAUACCUCUCAAUAUGAGCACUGUCCUCCUUUCAUCAUAGGCCGUGCCAACCAAGAUCUGAACCGUCGCUGCUGCCUCCUUUUUUGACUGGACAUCCAAGGAGAAUGAAUCUGAGUUUUUGUGUGCAGCAGCUUACAGACAAACCAGCCUUCACCCCCCGUCUACCACCAUGCUUGAGCAAAGGGGUUCUCGUGUGUCUUUCACAAAGAGGUUUUAAUAGCAAACUCGAGAACGGAAAAAGGGGUUGACGCACAACACUCCCACAUUUUUGGUCAUAAAGAGCAGAUGAGAGGGCACAUCCGUAAUUCUAAGUGUGAUGGGAAGCACUUCAGAAGAUAACCAACCCCCAAACAAUGGCCGGUGGUCUCUCUUGCCUUGGGCCGGGCAUUGCACAUGUCUAGCAGAUUGCAAGUUCUGGACUCUACUCCAGCUUUGUCUCGUUGACUUUGUUUCGUAGUAUGGGUCCUCGGGUUUGCGACAAAACAGGAUUGCACAAAUAAGAAGUCCAGCGGGCCGAUACAUAAUAGCUGCUAUAACGGGCGACAUUUCCAGUGCUUUAUUGGAGAGGUGUCAUAGACUGACAGGGAAAAAAGGAUUACGGGUAUGGUGGCACUUUAAGGAAAACGCAGCGGUGGGCACAUGUAUGAUGUUGGAAAUUUGUAGCUGGUUUGAAGAAAAAAAUAAUAAUGAUAAUUAAAACGGACUGGUCACAAGAAUGUGUUAUACGGGAGUCCAGCGGUGGGUUUUAAGAAAAAUUUGCAGCUACAUUUUGGUUUCUUUAUUUUUUGUACUAUAAAGUGUUUCCUGAUUACCUCUCGCUAAUAAAUCUUUUAACUCAGGGUUACCACCAA